AUGAAUAGAUACAUAUAUUUAUUGUUCGUCUAUCUAUCUAUCUAUCUAUUCUUUUUUUCCUUUCUAUCUAUCUAUCUAUCUAUCUAUCUAUCUCAGUUUGUUCAUUACCUAUCUAUCAGUCUAUCCAUCUCUCUCUCUCACUCGCUCUCUUUCUCUCUCUUUCUCUCUCUAUUUAACUAUCUAUUGCCCGAUCUAAUACACACAGGCAGGCCCACUCACACUCGACUGUUUCGAAUAGUUGCUGUGUUCUCUAUCUAUCUAUCUAUCUAUCUAUCUAUCUAUCUAUCUAUCUAUCUAUCUAUCUAUCCUGCUCUGUUCAUUAUCUAUCUAUCUAUCUCUUUUACCAUACCCACAUCUACUCAUCCCCCGCCCUCAUCAAAUGCACUUUCUUCUUCUUCUUCUUCUUCUUCUUCUUCUUCUUCUUCUGUCUGUCUGUUUUUCUUCCUUUCUUUUUUUUCUGUCACCCUUUCUUUCUUUCAUUCUGUCCCUCUUUCUUUCUUUCUUUCUUUCUGUCUGUUUUUCUUUCUUUCAUUUUCAGUCCCUCUUUUCUCUUUUUCUCUUUUUUUCUUUCUUUCUUUCUUUCUUUUUUUCUGUCACCCUUUCUUUCUUUCAUUCUGUCCCUCUUUCUUUCUGUCCCCCAAUCUUUCUUUCUUUCUUUCUUUCUUUCUUUCUUUCUUUCUGUUUCUUUUUUAA